AUGGAGCAAACAUGUGUUUUGAUGCCUGAACCAAUAUAUAAUCAGCACAAAAAGACUCUUAUUUAUGCUUAUAAAAGACGCAAGGUUAGAAUAAAUCCUCAGGGCGAAGAUGCUAAGAUAAAGUUGAAAAUGUACCUAGAUUGGUUAAGAAGCAAUUUGUAUAUAGGAUUUCCCUUAGAAAUUUAUGAAACAGUUAAAUCCA